AUGGCGGACGAGUACCUCAUCCGCGUAACCGCCGGCACAGACUACGACCCAGACUCGCACAUCGAGGUGCCGGUCAACGACCCCAAACCGGUACGUAUCGCCAGCGACCUUCUCGACGCAGACCUGUGUGUGCGGGUCAACAACUACCGCGGCCUGCCCCGCGCCGCGCCCAAGUCGUCGCCGUAUUUUGAGUGCGAGCCGCAUCGGUAUAAUGGGGAUCAGUACUCGAUUGCGGUACGGUUUCGGUUGAAACGGCCUGAGAGUGGUGGGGCUAAGGGGGAGAGGAAGAAGGGCACCGAGGAGGGCGAGGGAACGGAUGCAGAGAACGGUGGUGAACUGAAGGGGGGUGAUGAAGCGGGAGAGCAGCCGGAUGGGGUUCUGGGUACGGAUCUGCAGUUCGGCAACGACUUCGACCAUGCGAUCCGCGACCGACUGCCGCCCGGGUUUGGCACGGCGAUGAACAUCGUCAAGUGGUGGAUCGAUCCCGGGCUGGAGGGGGACCCGUACGCCGACGUGCCCUAUCUUUACGGCCCCGCCCUGAGCUCCUUCAACACGGUCCAUGUUGGUGAGGGCGAGCAGGACGAGGCAAAAGGCGGUUUGUGGUUGGAGGAAGGGGGUGAUGAAGCGGGGAUGGAGUGGCGGAGGGACGUCGGCGCGCCGGAUGAUGCUAAGCAGAGGAUGAAGUGGGCUUUGAGGGCGGAAAAUAAAGAGAAAUGGGUGUGGGAGUAUGACAGGGCGUACGGUGUCGAUUUCUUCAACCCAUACAUUGACUUCAAUGAGUUCGCAUUGCGGUUGCCGGGAUUUAACUUACCGAUCAUGAAGUAUUGGGAUGGACAGGGGUUGAGGCAUCGCCGCAAACGCUCACAUCAGCUCAGAUACGUCCUCCGCAACCGGUCGACGGGGCAGGUUUAUCUUGUCGUGCUGUUCACCUUGCACUUGGCUGAAGAUGUCAACGAGGAUGGUACGCUGAAGCCUGCGGCGCUGGAAGCUAUGAAACGGGGCAAGGGGCAAAAGGAGCAGGCGUUCCUCGGACCCGAACCGGACCUGGAGCUUGAACCCGACGAGGAAGACUUUAACGAAGAAGAGAUCUUGAGUGAGGCAAGGCGGAAGCUAUCAGGUGUGGAUUUGAACGGCGACAGUGGGACGAAGGCGGACGAUGUAGAUUGA